CGCUGGGUAUCCCCCCGUGGUGGGUGCCCUGGGGGUGUCCCUUGCCCCCCAGGUAUCCCCUGUGGGUGUCCCCUGCCUUGGUGCCCCAUGUGUCCUCUGUAAUGGGUGCCCUGGGGGUGUUUUCUGCCCCCCCCCCCAGUGUUCCCUGCCCCCAGGUAUCCCCUAGGGGUGUCUUGUGUCCCAGGUGCCCCCAGAUUUCUUGUCCUUGCACCCCCCCUCCCCAUAGGUCCCUUUUAAUAAGUUACCGCCUAUGCCGCUCUUGGCGUAUGCUUUGUAAAACACUCCCUGUGCCUGGUCUGGGGCUGCACAAAAAUAAUGUCUUGAAGUAAAUACUUUGGCCAAAUGCUUUGGAGAGGAUUUGUGCAGAUAGCCUGGACUUCAAAAUGCUUCGUUCCUGUAUUUUGGUGAUUUGGACACAAGAUGGAUUUUCUGACACUCUUCUUGAUAUAUUUGUGUUUUGUUCUUGCUACUAUUAGUCUAGUCUGCAUCUACUCCAGAAGGAAACAGAGUUUCCUUGCACGGAGUGUCAAUGGUGCAGCCCAGAUAUUGUCAUUUUUAAUCCCCACAUGGCUUCAAAGAAUGACACAGAGGGUGCUUCACAGACUCUUCCACACACGAAGCUGUUUGUUUGUUGUCCUGCAUAUAGCCUUGCAAGCAGCAGUUUAUGGUGAAUACACAUGGGAAGUGUUUGGUUACUGCUGGGAGCUGGAGUUCCCCAUCCACCUCCUGCUGCUACCCUACCUGUUGCUGGCUGUGAAUAUGUCGUUCUUCAUUCUCUGCUCUUGGGCCAAUCCUGGUAUAAUAACCAAAUCAAAUCACACAUCAUUGAUUAAAAUUUAUGCAUAUGAUGCUGUAUUGUUUCAGAAAGGUAUCAUGUGCCCUACAUGCAACAUGGAGAAACCAGCCAGAUCAAAACAUUGCAGUUUAUGUAAUAUCUGUGUACAUCGUUUUGAUCACCACUGUGUGUGGGUCAACAACUGCAUAGGUGCCUUCAAUACAAAGUAUUUCUUCCUUUACCUAUUGACACUGACUGCUAUGGCUGCAAACAUUGCAGUCAUCACAGCAGCAUUUCUCAUCCAAGUGGUGCUGCUGUCAAAUAUGAUGCAUGGAAGUUACAUUGAUAACCAAGGACAAGAGCAUGCUAUUGAGAUUCUCUUUCUCAUUCAGCACCUUUUCUUGAUUUUUCCUAGGAUUGUCUUCAUGCUUGGUUUUGUUAUUCUUCUCACUCUUGUACUGGGAGCAUACUGCUGUUUCAAUCUAUACUUGGCCUCAACCAACCAAACAUCUAAUGAAUGGUAUAAAUCUAGAAGAUAUGGGUGUUCUCACCAUCUAGCAUUGCAGCCUCAGGACAAACGAGUUAUCUACAAAAAUAUUUAUUCUAACGGAAUCUGGAUGAAUUUAAAGGAAAUCUUUAAGCCUCAUACAGUAUUGGAAAGAAAGAAGAAAGCAUAAAGAUAUUACUCUUUUUUUUUUUUUUUUACUUUUUCUAAAAGACUAUUUCAGGAGUAUGCUUUGUGGUCCUAAAGGAUUUUUGUAAAACAAUUACUGUAUUUCAAUUAAGUAUUAA